AUGGCUCUCUCGGUCUCCAACCCACAAAGCAAGGACCCAACUUCUACGAUCGCCAAACAGAGCUCCGGUAUACCAGGUCUAGGCAAUACCAUACUGUUCAGUCCUCGCCAGUUCCCUACUUUUUCAAGCGGUGUUCACGUCAACAGACCUGCCAAAAGACGUCGUCUGGCAUCUCCUCCAAGCCACGGCUUGGUCUUCAAAUUUGGUCUAGUUUCCAACGCUUCCCGGAAUGAGUCUUCUCCACCCAGCACUUAUGAACCUGGCAGAGAUAUCGCGCUCGAAAGACCGAAAAUUGCACAAACUGCUCAAAUUGAUCUUUCCGAGCUUUCGGAGGAGGCCAAAGCCAUCAUUGCUCUUGCCCCUCGCACCGGCGAGAGUACAAUCGACAGAACAAAUACCAUAACAAGCCCAGACCUGUCGGCAGGAACCGAAGCUGUGACCGAGCUGAAGAACAACAGUGUCUCAGGUUCUCUACUCUCAGAAGAGUCGCAAGUCAGAGCCGCUUCCGUGGCCGGGAGCAAGAGAAGAUCCAGAAACAAAGAGUACGUUGUAGCAAAAAAGGAGCCCAGUACAGGUGGGCAAUACCUCCAACUCUCGAAGGAGCAGAGGACCCAGCGAGGGAAUGCUACGCAGCUGGCCGCUGAAAUGAGAGCAAAACAACUGGUUGCAGCCCUGGCGGAAUCAGAAACAGACGAUGACAGGGGAAGCACCUCUCCGGGGGCCAUGACGGUCUCUGGUCCAGUUGUUCAUCUUCCCACCGCUCGCGGUACCUCCUUACCGCUCACCUCAAUCCUCAAACGCAUUGGCAGAGAUCCAACACCCACCAAACGUGUCCACUUCCUGACCUUCGACAAGCUCGUCAGUCAUACUGCUGCGGGUCUUCAACGCUACACCGACACAAGAACAUCCGGCCCUGUGUUGAGUAUGUCUUUCUCACUUGCUCACGCUUCCUUCUUGAACCCCUUGUUGACCCCUGCCACCCUGAUCAACGCCCUCGAGCAUUUCCAGGGCUUGGUAGGACUACUGUUGAUCGAGCUAAACAGGUUUAUGCGCGCUGCAGAGACAAAGCAAGAUGAUGGUGCUAUGAAAGCUGAACUAAUGGCUAUCGUGAAUUGCCAGCGUUUGGUAUCUGGUGCUUAA